AUGGAUGCAAAAUUGAUUAAAUAUAAAAACCAAAUAUCCGUCUCCAUACACCUACGAUCUGCAUACAUAUUUAUAUCUGUUUACUGUGUGAUCUAUAGAAUGCCAGCUCUGAAUAUUAAUCCACAUUGUGACGAAUGUAAUGGCAAAUUAGAUUGUCCACAUGUUAGCCAGCCUUCCGUUUGGUUCGAUGAUGGAUUGCGCACCAAAUGGAUAGAAAUGGAAUGUAGAGCGGUCAUAUCGCUACAAGCUCGCCCAAUUAAAAACGGAUAUGUAUCCCGCGUGUCGGUGAUGCGCGGUCAGGUGGUCUCGCCGCAAGGACUCGGUAUCAUCGGCAUCAGGGUCUCCGUCGAUCGCGAAGCGAGAUUCGGGUUUACUCUCACCAGGCAAGGAGGAUGGUUCGACGUACUAGUGAAUGGCGGAGGCGCGGUUACACUUCAGUUCCAGCGAUCACCGUUCAAACCCCUGCGGAAGACAGUCUUCGUGCCUUGGAAUCAAAUCGUCGUACUGCCACCGGUCGAAAUGGAGCUUAGUGACGAGAGCGUGAAAGUUCCUACACCAAGAGCUCCUCCGCGACUAGAUUGGUCUCCUACACCUCAGUGGUGGGAGAAUGAGUCUGGUCCAUGUCCAGCACAUGACCACGAACGUCUACGGCCAGAAGUAGUAGCUGUGCCACCACUUGCUGCACCUGCAGCGUCCGCUCAUACUCCCAACACUGUCGUCUACCCAGAAGCACAGAUCGUAAGCGAAUCCAUCGGCAUUCCUGGUUCGUCUGUUAAGCUCACUUACAGAUCGUCCCAAGCAGCUGGCUACCUCUCUUGUGUGCAUGUUCAGUUGACAAGGCGCAUAGUUCCCGCAGCGCUAACACGAGUGCACGUGCGAGUAGAGAUUGAAGGAUCACUGCACACUCACUCAUAUGAAGCAGACCCCGAUUUGACACAUGUGUUUGCGUGGAACAAGAGGAAUGUUUACAAGCAAAAGGUGUACGGUCAAGCACAAGCGAAAAUUUCCAUUGGCUACGAGUAUACCUCUUGCUCAUCUAUCGUAUGGGAAACGCAGACGGCCACAUUAGCUGGUUUUGAUGUCGACAUUUCGGACAUUGGUGGUUGGGGUCUUGACAUUCACCAUCACUACAAUUUCCAUGAAGGAAUUUUGCAGAAGGGUGACGGUGGAUUGUUGCAUCUGAAACAAUAUCCUAGAACUGUGCAAGUCGUAAUGGGAACAGGCCUCCAACGUUCAUUGGAUUGUCCUGACCACUGCAACGGUAAAGCUGCGGACUCACGACUACUGACGCCCACCGCGCUAACGUCUGGCCCGGAUGGCUCCCUCUACGUGGGCGACUUCAACCUCGUCAGACGUAUUACCCCGGAGGGUGUUGUUACCACAGUACUCAGAUUAGAAACGACGCAGACAGCCUAUCAAUAUUACAUCUGCAUCUCGCCAGCGGACGGCAACCUCUACAUAUCAGACUCUGAGAGGCACCAAGUCCGAAAGGUGCUACUACUGGAAAAAGUACGCGAUCCGGCAACGAACUCCGAACCAGUCGUUGGUAAUGGUGAUCGUUGCGUACCAGGCGAUGACUCUAAUUGCGGUGAUGAAGGACCUGCCAUCAAAGCCAAGCUAGCACAUCCCAAAGGUCUUGCUAUUGCAGCAGAUAGGACUAUGUAUAUCGCAGACGGCACUAACAUUAGAGCUGUAGAUCCAAACGGAAUUAUUCACACGUUAGUUGGUCAUCACGGUCACCACAAUCAUUGGUCGCCAGUUCCAUGUCGUGGUGCUAUUCCACCAUACGAAGCCCAAUUACAAUGGCCUACAGGAGUAGCAUUAUCACCACUAGAUGGAUCUCUUUACUUCAUCGACGAUAGGAUCAUUUUAAAACUUACGGCAGAUAUGAAGAUCAAAGUGGUCGCGGGCCAACCCUCUCAUUGUAGAUUGGGCAAUGACGGAAAGCCAAUCACAAAACCUGCCAAUAAAACUUCAGAAUUCAGAGAAGACUCCAAUUUGGGAACGAUAUUGGCGAUAGCGUUCGCGCCUAGUGGCAUACUUUACGUCGCAGAAUCUGAUUCAAAAAAAUCGAAUACAAUAAAGUCGAUCGAUCCAUCUGGAAAGAUAAUGCACUUCGCUGGAAAAGUACAGGAGAAUUUGAAGGAAUUGAGUUGUGAAUGUAAUUCAUCAGUUUCUGCAACGGUCAUUCCUAUAAACACUCGAGAUGAAGGAGCAGGAUGCCCAUGCCGUCUAAGCGUUGCUGCCGGUGAUGAACCUCCCACCAGUACUGAAACACUUUUAUCAUCCAAUGCUAAAUUCCAAACUAUAUCGGCACUUGCAGUGACUCCUGAUGGAGUUCUAAACGUAGUAGAUCAAGGUUCACUACAUAUUCUAGCACUAAAACAUUAUUUGCCAACUCACGAUGAAAAUGGAGAAUUUAGAAUACCAUAUCCACCAACAUCGGAAAUAUACGUUUUCAAUCGUUAUGGUCAGCAUAUCACAACUAAAGAUUUAACUUCUGGAAAGACAAGAUAUUCAUUCUUGUACUCUAAGAACACUAGUUUUGGAAAGUUGUCAACUGUAACUGAUGCUUCGGGCAAUAAAAUACAACUUCUAAGAGAUUACAGUAAUGUCGUUAGCUCAAUCGAAAACACUCAAGACCACAAAUUAGAACUCAAGAUUUCUGGUAUUGGUUAUCUUACAAAAAUAAGCGAAAGAGGAACUACUGAAAUGGAAUUAGAUUAUGAUGCGAACAGUGGUUUACUGAACAGCAGAUCUGGGGCUGGAGAAACAGUCAUAUACAACUACGAUGAACUUGGGCGAGUCAUCAAAAUUAUAAUGCCGUCAGGGGAACAAAUUCACAUUGCCUCUGGAUUGGCCAAAAAUUAUGGACUCGCAGUAACCGUAUCUAAUCCAUCAAGUACCAUUCCCGUAGGGGUAGCAAAGAAAUGUGAAUACGUGUUACACGGGCAGUCAUUCAAGCAAAUCACCAUAAACAACGGUAAACAAAUCACGGAAGGUAGAAUCUACACAAAUAAUACUUUAAUGCUAGAAACACCGUGGCAAGGAAAAUUCGAAAGUAUUGCAGCAGCUAAACAUCCAUUGUUAGAAGCUGCAUUACCUAUUGAAGCGGAAAUGUUACACAUGUGGUCUCAUCAAACAACUACAUUCGGCGAUGGCUUAAUAAAUAACAUGUACUCUUUGUACACUCUAGUAGGAGAUGUAAGAAAUCCACAACAAACUCUUAACCGCGAGAUCUGGGUAAACGACUCAAGGGUCCUUAUAAUUGAGUUCGAUCAAUUUAAAAGUCGAGAAACUUUCUUUAACGCUGACAGGAACCCGCUAUUUACCAUUGCAUAUGAUGUCGCUGGCCUACCACUUUCGUUUACUCCCCAUGGAGCAGGAGUACCCCUCAAUAUGUCAUAUGAUCGAUUUUAUAGAAUCAAUGGUUGGAAAUGGGGUGAAAGUGAAGAAUCGUACAACUAUGACCAACACGGCAUGCUAUCGGAAAUCACUAGUCCACAAGAUGGAACGAAGUUUAUUUACUAUAAUGAAGGCAAUCUAGUCUCUAAAAUUAUUUUAGCUAGUCAAAGAAGCUUCAAAUAUUUGUACGAUCAGGAUGGUGGUUUGACUCAUGUAAUUUUACCAUCAGGUGCAAACCAUUCAUUUAGCGUACAACCUUCGAUAGGAUUUUUGAGAGUUACAUAUUCGCCACCUGGCUCAUCGAAAAAAUAUCUACAACAUUAUUCCCACACAGGGGAACUUUUACAAACAGUGUUCCCUGGCGAUGGAGCUCGAGUCGUCUACAGAUAUUUCACAACGAACAAAGUUUCUGAAGUGAUUCACGGAGAUGGACAAACACAAAUACAUUAUUCGGAAAAUAGUGGGCUGCCUUCAGAAAUCUUACAUGUAGAUCGGGAUGUAGAUUACCGAUGGGAAUCUACUUAUGCUGGUGGGCUGCUUAUGGAGGAAAGACUUGAUUAUGGUGCUAAAACCGGCCUUAGUAAUGCCAAAAUAAUAUACGAAUAUGAUAACAAUUAUAGAAUAACCUCAGUCCAGGGGAGGAUCGGCGGUCAAACUUUAAUUCCCCACCACAUAAUCUAUAACAGCAAAACAGGCGCUCCUGAAAUUUUAGGUCAAUUUACAGUAUCUAAACAAAAGUGGAAUGAAACAUCAGUUUAUGAUGGGAUCGCAAUGUUCUCUCGCACUCUCAAUGACCAAUUCUUAGAGAAAGGAGUCACUGUCAAUAUCCACAGAAUGGAAGUUUUUAGAAUGGAGUUUUCUUACGAUAAACAUGGAAGAAUAUCUCAAACACGAACUCACACAAGAAACGUUGGUGUCAAUACCUAUACUAAUGUUAAAAAUUACACUUGGGAUUGUGACGGCCAGUUAACAGGUGUGGAAGCCCAAGAGCCAUGGGGCUUUAGAUACGACGAUAAUGGAAAUAUGUUAUCUUUAACGUACAGAGGAAACACUAUUCCAAUGGAAUACAAUGAAAUGGAUCGAAUUAUAAAAUUUGGCGAAGGCCAAUAUAGGUACGAUAGUAGAGGACUUGUUUCCCAAAACGCUAGAGAAGAACGAUUCCAAUACAAUUCAAAAGGUUUGCUGAUUAGAGCAACUAAACGUGGAAGAUUUGAUGUACGCUAUUACUAUGAUCACCUUGACAGACUGUCUACAAGAAAAGACAAUUUCGGAAAUGUGACACAAUUCUACUACACCAAUAAAGAAAAACCCCAUGAAGUCAGCCACAUUUAUUCGCCACGUGAAAACAGAUUCAUGACAUUAGUUUAUGACGACAGAGGUCAUCUUAUCUAUACACAGGUUGCUCGUCAUAAAUAUUAUAUAGCCACUGACCAAUGUGGGACGCCGGUUAUGGUAUUUAACCAAUAUGGUGAGGGUAUCAGGGAGAUCAUGCGAUCACCAUACGGUCAUAUCGUGUACGAUUCAAACCCUUACUUAUACCUACCAGUGGAUUUCUGUGGAGGACUUUUGGAUCAAGUAACUUCAUUAGUUCAUAUGGCAAAUGGCAAAGUGUAUGACCCACUGAUAGGACAAUGGAUGUCACCACUCUGGGAAAAUCUUAUAGAAAGAAUUACUGAUCCAACCCAACUACAUUUAUACAGAUUCAAUGGAAAUGAUCCUAUCAAUGUCCGGCCACAGAAUAAGAAACCGAGAGAUCACCUAGCAUGGCUGAAGUUACUGGGAUACGAUACAAAGAGUCUUGCCCCACAGCUGUAUCCUGACGAACUACCAGGCGGUGCAGUAGUACCGAGCGUUCCUCGUGCUCGCCCUGUAUGGGGUUCCGCACCUACAACUCCUGGACCUGGCAUGCCAGCAGCGAUGGCUCUGCUGCCAAGCGUUACUAUUGAAUCAGGCUUCCUGUCGCACAUGUCGAACAAGCGCAUCGCAGACUUCAGGAGUCUAUCCAUCCCAGCCAUGUCAGCAUUGAAAACAGACGCUCUAGAUCUAACCGCGAAACGAAUCGGAUCCGAUUCAGAACCACCAUUUGGUCGAGGGAUUCUCGUAUCGCGAAACUCUCGCGGCCGCGCUGUAGUAACGGCAGUACCUUCCGCGAAUGCAAUUUACCGAGACGUAUACACCUCGGUAUUCAACCGCUCCCAUCUACUACCGUUCUCAUUCGUGGUGCACGGUGAUCAGCAAGAUGUAUUCUACUUCGUCAAAGAGGAAACAUGGCGCGCCGCAGAUGAUAAGCAACAGUUGAAGCGUAUGCAGGGUAAACUGAACGUGACAUUCCACGAGAUCGCGGAAGGCGGCAGGUCGUACGCGGACGUGAAAAUCCACGGUCAGACGAGCGUAGUAAAUUUACGUUACGGUACGAGUGCGGAACGGGAACGACAACGGCUCCUACAUCACGCGAAGGCAGCGGCCGUUCGCAAAGCUUGGCAUCGUGAACGAGAAGCUCUACGUAGCGGUCUAGGCGGCUCGUUGGACUGGUCGGCAGCCGAGCUAGAUGAGAUCCAGAAGGCUGGUUCAGCCAGCGGCUACGAGGGCGAGUACGUGCACGACGUUGCACGCUACCCAGAACUCGCCGAAGACCCUUACAACGUGCGCUUUAUAAAGAAACGCUCGGACCGCAGCGAGCGGCGGCGACGGAAGCGCGAAGACUGCCGCGCGCCCUGGUGGCUCGCCUGGAACGAUUGCUAGUGACGUGCCGCCAUCCAUAUGCCAAAUCGUGUGUGUAAAUCGACGUGUGUGACCGAUGAAGGAUGAACGUGCGAGUGAUUGUGAUAUAUUUUGUAAAUAGUCUCUAUUAAUUGUUAAUUGUUGAUGUAUGUAUGUAUGUAUGGUAGACGCGAAUCCCUAUCGCUAUGUAAAUAAUAAAAUUUAAUUUGCAGGGAGAGAAUGGACCUUUUGAGAGGACUGAUAUUAAAUAAAUGUAAUGUAUGUAUAAAAAUAAGACGAUUUAUGUGAAUAUGAAAUUAUUUAUACUUAUUUAUUGGUAAAAAGCUUCGAUUGUGUCCAAUGUUCUUAUAAAAUUUAGAUGAAGACUAUUUGAAAGAAUAAAAAGGCAUACUUUUUUAACCAAAUCAAUA